GUCACGAGUACGUACGGAUUCAGACAUACGCAUUCUCGGCACUCCGAGACUACACAGCUCUUACUCCAGUAAUACAGAGUAAUACUAGUAUAAUCCAAGGGCGAAAUUUGUUUUCGAUCGCGCAUUCACUUCUCCCGACUCUUCCGAACAAUCCUUGAGGAUUGUCCUCGGAGCUUGAGACGCGCAACGCCGAAGAAAGCAGCUGUUCUGGACUUACUGAAGUUGUUUUUUGUGACCAGUGAUAACACGACGAUACAAAGUGUGAACAUCAUGUCGCCGCACACGAGCUACACGCCGGUCAGCGGCAUGGAGUACGAGGAGCCGGUUUCGCGCACCUAUCAAUACCGCAAGGUGAUGAAGCCGAUGCUGGAACGCAAGCGACGCGCGCGCAUCAAUCGCUGUCUGGACGAGCUCAAGGACUUGAUGGUGACCGCGUUGCAGGCCGAGGGUGAGAACGUGGCGAAGCUUGAGAAGGCGGACAUUCUGGAGCUGACGGUGCGUCAUCUGCACACACUUCGCGCCGCCAGACGACUAACUCUCACCCCGGAGAACAGCUACGCCGAUCGAUUCCGCGACGGCUUCACUCAGUGCGCUCAGGAAGUGUCGACCUUCCUUUCGACGCCGGUCGCAGCGGCGGUGCAUCCAGCCGCGGGCGCUCAACUCAUGCGACACCUCGGCGGCUGCCUGCGACGAUUGGAGGGCCCGGCUGGCGCCAAACACACGGUCGCAACAGCAACAGCGGCAGCAGCAGCAGCAGCGACGACGAAGACAACGAUGUCCGGCCAAACGAGCGUACCUCAGAACGUGUACACUCCGCCGCAGAGUCCCGUCAGUGUCGCGAGUUCCUCUGGUGAAUCCUCCGAGACGUCCACCAACGCAGUCUGGAGGCCCUGGUGAUGAUAAGGAUGACGUUUGAAUUAUUUUGACACUCCUUUGGAGCGGACGAGAUCGGGAUGGACGACGAUUCCUCGACGAAGAGGCUCACGUCCUGACGCUGCGACGAAGGAGAACGACGAAUCACUGUCUUCCAAAUGAUAACUCUUUUCUUACGAAGCCUCGUUGUAGAAAAAAAAACAUUUAAAGACGUUUUGAGAACUUUUAUGUUUAGCUUCACAGCGGGGCGUCAAUUUUAUCGUAUUGUACAUAGGUGAUAAAGCUUUAAGUGAUAUCUGUGAUAGGGUUCCAUUUUUGUACCUGAGAUGACUAUUUUCUCGCAAAGUUAAAGCAACUAUUACAUAGAUAACUAUUAACUUGUUAUGUUUAAGAAUCUCUUUUGAAAACAAUGAUCGGCACUUCUCUGUGUCUUGAGAUUGGCCGAGUCGCAUCAUCAAUAAACGUCUUGUUUCAAU